GAGAAACUGGGUCAGACAGACCCCAGGCCGAAUAACGCCAGACGGUCAGGCGUCGCUAGUCGCAGUCCCGCGGAUACCACCCCAAAGCCCGUCGUCGUCGGAAAUUCGCUCUCUCGUCUUCCAUCCUUAUCCUCAAACACUGUCCUUGUUCUCAUCUUUACAAAUAUUUCGUGCUCGUUAAUCCAAAAGCAGAAAAGGACAAAAAAAAGGAACUGAGGCGAGGAGCACUGCAGAGACAUGGAUAAUGUACAAAUGAUCGGCACUAAAAUCACAGCAAUCAAGGAAUACUUAUAUAAUUUUGCCAGGACACAUUCCCCAACCAGAAUCAUGAGUUCCGAAAACACAUACUCCCUUUCUAGGGAGCAUUGCAAUCUUAAAUAUUCUGAUAUUCUGCCUCAAAAUGUCGAGGGAUAUCCAGCGACAAAAGAAUUUUUGAUGAAAGUAGUCGACAUCUUACUAGAUUUCAUUAAGUCGACAAAUGAUCGCAAUUCGAAAGUUUUAGACUUUCAUCAUCCAUCUGAAAUGAUACAGCUACUUGACUUGGAAAUACCUGACACUGGAGUUACAUUACAACAGCUUCUUAUUGAUUGCUCAACAACUUUAAAAUAUCAAGUAAAAACAGGACAUCCUCAUUUUUUCAAUCAACUCUCCUGUGGUCUAGAUCUUGUGUCUAUGGCUGGUGAAUGGCUUACUGCAACUGCAAAUACAAAUAUGUUUACCUAUGAAAUAGCUCCUGUUUUUAUUCUUAUGGAAAAUGUGGUUUUACAAAAAAUGCGUGAACUUAUUGGCUGGAAUACUGGUGAUUCAAUUCUAGCGCCAGGAGGAUCCAUUAGCAAUCUAUACGCUUUUCUUGCUGCCAGACAUAAAAUGUUUCCUCAGUACAAAGAGCGAGGCCUUGCGACAGUCGGCGGUCAGCUUGUGAUGUUCACUUCUGAUCAAUGUCAUUAUUCUGUAAAAUCCUGCGCUUCGGUUUGUGGCUUAGGCACUGACAAUUGUGUUAUGGUACCAAGCGAUGAACGAGGUCGUUUAAUUCCAUCAAAACUUGAAGAAUUAAUUUUAGAACGCAAAGCCAAAGGUCACAUACCAUUUUUUGUAAGUGCCACCGCAGGUACAACAGUAAUUGGAGCCUUCGAUCCUAUAUCUGAAAUUGCUGAUAUUUGUCAUAAAUACAAAUUAUGGUUACAUGUCGACGCGGCUUGGGGUGGUGGACUGCUUUUAUCCAGGAAACACAGACAUCCCCAAUUGACAGGUAUUGAACGGGCUGAUUCGGUAACCUGGAAUCCUCAUAAACUGAUGGGAGCCUUAUUACAGUGUUCUACUAUUCACUUUAAAGAAGAUGGUCUUCUGAUUAGUUGCAACCAAAUGUCUGCAGAAUAUUUAUUUAUGACUGAUAAAUUAUAUGAUGUAAAAUAUGAUACUGGCGACAAAGUUAUUCAAUGUGGACGACACAAUGACAUCUUCAAACUUUGGUUACAAUGGCGUUCCAAGGGUACAGAUGGUUUCGAAAAACAUAUGGAUCGACUAAUGGAACUUACAGAUUAUAUGGUUCGUCGAAUUAAAGAAAUGUCUGAUAAAUUUUAUUUAAUUCUUGAACCUGAAUUAGUAAAUGUAUGUUUCUGGUACCUGCCAUCUCGCGUUCGUAACAUGCCACAUACUUCGCAAAGAGAAAAAAUCUUAGGAGAAAUAUGUCCUAUUUUAAAAGGUCGAAUGAUGCAAGCUGGUACUUUGAUGGUAGGUUAUCAACCAGAUGAUCGAAGACCAAAUUUCUUUAGAAACAUUAUAUCAAGUGCUGCAGUAACAGAAGCUGAUGUUGAUUUCCUAUUGGCAGAAAUGGAUCGAUUGGGUCAUGAUCUGUAAAUAUAAUGACCGCAUCAAAAUUUUCAGGUGUUGGCGUCUUUAUGAAGUCUUUACAGCCAAUCAAAGAAAGUAAGAAGCGAACAAAAAGUGCAUGUGGAGAUAUAAUGCGCUUUGUAAUAGUAGAUAUUUUAAAUUAGCUUCUAAUAGUUCGCAAAAGAUGCGUAUAAUAUUCUCAAUCAGCAUAUAAGUAUAUACUUUAUAAGUUGAAAAUUAAAUAUAUGUUAUAGGUAUAUAAUCUGAGAAUCGCUACAAGUAAAGCUCUCUCUCUCUCAUUUAAUCGGAAAAUUAUCGUUUAAAAAUAUAUUUUUCUUAAUUUAAGAAAAAGCAGUUCAUCACUAUAAGAAUAUGUUUUCGAAAAAAAAUUUUCAAAAAUGCAUAAUUAAUCUGACACAUUUUUCCUAAAAUCUAAAGCCUUAUCAAAAAAAAAAAUUGAUAUUACGUUUUCACUAUUUCUUCUUGCAUAUACAGUGCAACCUCGAUUAUCCGAACUAAUCUAGGCAAGGCCGGGUUCGGAUAAUCGAAAAUUCGGAUAAUAGAGAUUUUAAUUUUUUUUUAUAAUUAAAGUAAAAAAAUGUACAGUUGAACUAUUUAUUUAACUUAUUACAUAUGUUUUUAAAUAUACAUAAGUACACGGAAAAAAAGAAAAAGUAAUUUUUACUACUUUCAUAGUAAAAUGGGAUCUGUCCGAAGUUUCUGCGCAUCUAUGGCAACUUUUACUCCAAAAAUAGUAAAAUUUGCUCCAGAAAUAGUAAAAUUUACUCCAGAAAUAGUAAAAAUUAUUACAAAAAUAGUAAAUUUUACUAUUUUUUGAGUAAAAGUUGCCAGAGAUGCGCAGAAACUUCGGACAGGUCCAAUUUUACUAUGAAAGUAGUAAAAAUUACUUUUUCUUUUUUUCCGUGUAUAUAAAUAUAUGUAAAUAUAUAUUAAUUAAUAAUAUGUAUAUUAAAAACUCAGAAAAUUCGGAAAUUUUUAAGAUUUUUUUGGCAUAAAUUUGCCAAAAUGUCCCGCGAAAAUAUGAAUGAUAAAAUAAAUAGAGAAAAUAAAAUUUAAAAUUCGGGAGACCAAAAAAUAGUUCGGAUAAUAGAAGUUCGGAUAAAAUGUUUUUCGGUUCGGAUAAUAGAGGGUCCGGAUAAUAGAUGUUCGGAUAAUCGAGGUUCCACUGUAAUAAGUUUUUAAAUUUAACAUCAGUCAAUAUAUACCUAAUUACUAUUUUAAAAAGGUGAGAUAAACAAAUUUAUUAUAUAUAAAAUAUGACAAAGCAAUAUAGAAUAUUUAUUUUAAAAGCUAUUAAAAAAAAUAACUAUUUUUUAUUGUUAUAUAAAUAAGAGACUAUCUAUACAAAUUCAUUAAUAUUCAAUAUAUUGAAAAGAGAUUUGUUUCAUUAUAAAUAACACAAAAUUUAAACCUCAUAAGUUAUAUCAAAAAUGAAAUAUUUUUUGCUUAUUAUUAAAUUAUUACUUUCUGCGAGAAACAUUUUAUAGAUAUAUAUAUAUAUAUAUAUAUAUAAUGUGAAAUAAGAAAACACAUCAAAAUAUAAAAUAUUUGUUUAUUGUUAAUGAAUUUGAAGAAAAUGAAUAAAAAGAAAAGAAUAUAUACAUAUAAUUCAUAUAAAUAUAGUAAAAUAUAUUUUGGGGGACAUCAAUUUAGGUUGAUCACGCGAGAAUAUUGGUUACGAUUUUUUUUUUCAAAAUAACAUCGAUACGAAACAAUUUCUAAUGGAAAUAUGUGGGAAAAAAUAUCCGAGCCCAUCAUUUUUGUAUCGUGAUACCCUAUUUCUAAAUUCAUAAAUAACGUAACUAAUUUCGGAAAACAAUAUUUUCAAAAUUAUAUUAUCUUAAUAUUUUUUAUAUUACGAAAUCAAAUUUUAUCAAUUUAUAAUGAUUUUACAAAUUUUUAGUUUUUAAAAUCUUUUUAAAAAUUUUCUUAAAAUAUUUUUUCAGUUUUUUUAUCAAAAAAAAAUAAUUUUUUUUUAAAUCAUGAAAAAGAGAAAGUAGCAAAACAGUUUCUGAAAAAUAAAUUACGUAAUUUAUGAAAGUCCCUCAAUAACAUAAACAAAUACAAAACCCAUGAAAGUAUGUUUUAUCAAAUAAUUAUAUGUUAAAAUUAUACUUUCACAUAAAUAAUUAAUUUUACAUCAUUAUAUCUACUUUUUUUUUUGAAAAUUCAACGCAUUUUUAACAAAAUUCCCUUCAAUGAGAAAAAGAAAAAAAUCGUUUUUAUUUGCGCUUUAAAAUGUAUAGUGAAUGUCUGGAACUUGUUGGAAGAACAAUUUUUUUUUUUGUUUAUUCCUGUUAAAAUUUGUUAUUUAUGCUAUCAAACCGAGCCUAUGUAAAACACAAUAAAGGAAUUUAUUUAAGUACAAGGUAAACAAAAAUCUGAAUCAUAAUUAUCAAUUGAUUCGAUUUCAUGUAGUUAAUUGCAAUUAUUCACUACUGUGGAAUUAAAAAAAAAUAAUUAUAAGUAAAUACAAAACAAAUAUAUAACAUAUAGAAGGUAUUCUAUUAUUAAAAAAAAAAUUCUAUAAUUUAUUGAACAUAUAUACGUUUGAUACAUAUUUAUAACAAACAUGAUAUUGUUCAAAUUUUAUAGAAUAGUUUUAAAUUUUUUGUUUAGAAAAAAUUAAUUUUCAUAUAUAAGAUAUAGGACUGGAUUAAUUUUUAAUUUAAGACCAUAUUUGUCUUUUAUUUCAAUAGAAUAAUGAUUUUUAUUUUGAAAAGAUUUUAUUUUAGAGUAUAUAUUUGUUGUAAUUGCAUAGUACACUGAAAACAAAUUUAUUUGAUUAAAAAUAAUCGAUUUCUUGGUUUCCUGAGUUCAAUGGUUCUUGAAAGAAAAUUCAAGGACUUUACAAAAUUUUUCAAGGUUCAAAAUCAUUUUUUUUUUUAUGUCCACUUUCGGCGUAAAAACUAUGAAAAUAAUUUUUUAAUUAUGACGAUAAAUCAAUCAUAAAUCAUAAUCAUUGCAAUUAUAUGUUUUAAAUUUUUAUUUUUUAAAAAUUUAAGCAAGAGAUAAUGCAAUUUUUUGUUAUAAAAUUCAAGGAUAUUCAAGGACCGCUGGACACCAUACUUGACUAUUAUCAAAUAAAUAUUUACUUGAACCAAAUAAUUUUUACUUGAUUAGAAAUAUAAAUUGUAUUUGAACCAAUAAUUUCUUUAUUUAAAACAAAUACAAUUUAAUUGAUUCAAAUAAUAAUUAUUUAAUAUAAAUAAAUAUUUAUUUAAUAAUUAGUCAAGUAACCGAUAAUUUGAACCAAAUAACUUUUUCUUCAGUGUAUAGAAAAAAAUAAUUAAUAUCAGUUCAUAUAAAAUUGAUGUGUAUAUAUAUAUGCCCGUUAUACAUGAGGUGAAAAAGAUUACCUUAAACAAUUUUUAAAUGCUUAAAAAAAAAAUGACAGUCCAGUAAAAGAAACUCAGACAAUAUACCACAACGCAGUUUAUACUGUAUAAGGUACGUGCAAAAUAAAAAUGGCCUGUAGUGUAUUUUUGGAAGCACGUUAUAUUUAAAACAUAUGUAAAUUGUCUAUAUAAUAUAUAUGAUCAAUUUUGUUGAUGUUGACCGUUGAUGUUACCGUUUCCAAAAUCAUAUAAAUAACAUCCUAUAUAAUUCAUAAAUUUAAAUCAAAGUCAAUCUAUACAAUUCUAUAAAGUACCAUAUUUUGAAAGGAAUAUAUAUAUUUUUAAUCAAUAUAUUAAAUCAAUUUGGUUAUAUAUAUAUUUAUCACAAAAAUUUUUCUUAUUUAAAAAUUUUCAACGAAAAUCCGCAUUAUGUCUUCGUUAAAAUUACAAAAAGCAGGAUUUUUAAAAAAUUGUAAUAUUCUGUUUGAAGUACUUUACUAUUUAUUAAAUAUUAUUUGAUUUUUUUUUAGUUAUAUAUUAUGAUGUGAAAGAAAUAUUGAAAUGUUAUUGUACCGAUUUCCUCUCAUUUUUUACUUUCCAAUAAAAAAAAAACAAUGUAAACUACAACCUUUUUUUUAAGUAUUGUAAAAUUUAAAAGGCUUUAAAAAUAA